UGGCGGUGAGGGACGCAGCAAGGGUCCACUGGGUGCGAUGGCGGGGCAGCGAGAGACAGCUUGGUGGGCUGGUGACAUCGCGUUUUCGCGUUUGCAGUGACGUUUACUUUUGCUUCCCGUACAACAUUCACGUCAUUCACUUCCAGAAAUUGUCGGUUCUACAUAUCGCGAAAGAACUCCAAGGGUUCAAGCUCCGCAAUCAGGCCCGUUGAGUGGCGGCGUCCCUCGCAAUGUCGAAACAAUACCUCACACUCCACACGCUGCCGGAUGCGCACCCGUCCGAUGUGUUUGCUCUCGCACCUACCAAUAGAUCGAUCCUCUCAGCAAGCGGUUCAUCAACAAUCCGCAUCCACGACACCACACAAGCCGACUUUCCUCUUCUGCAGUCUCUCGAAGGCGUACACCCACUAGGCAUCCACCAUCUCGCCACUGCAAGGGAAGCACGGCGCGCCGCAAGCGCAGGCUUCGAAGGCAAAAUCAAGAUAUGGAGUGAAGGCGAGGACGGCACGUGGAAGGCGGACGGCGAGAUCAGCGAUCAGCUGAAAGCAGGUGAUGUGUGGUCGAUCGCGCUCAGCACUGAUGGCAAAUACCUCGCGAGCAGCAGCAUCAAUGGCAAGAUCAAUGUGUGGAGUCUGGCCGAGGAGGGCAACCCAAAGAUUCGCGACUACGAGACGAAAGGGAGCUUCGGCAUGUGCGUUGAUCUGAGUCGAGACGGACGCUUCACAGCUUCCGGGCAUGAGAACGGCUCGAUUUACGUCUUCGACAACGACACAGGCCGCUUGACACACUCCCUCGCCGGGCUCGUCAAGCCGGUACGCAGCGUAGCGUUCUCGCCCAGCACGACAUUACUGGCAGCAGCCGGCGACUCCAGAACCAUCGCGCUGUACGACGUCAAGUCCGGCGAGCAGAUUGCGAACCUUGCAGGCCACGGCGGGUGGGUGCUUUCGCUCGACUGGAGCGACACGGGCGAGUAUCUACUCUCAGGGUCCCACGAUGGAAAAGCAAAGAUCUGGCGCAUCGAGACCCGUCAAUGUGUCGCCACGCAUUCGCACGGAGACAAGCCACUGUGGACGGCAAAGUGGCUGCCCAAGAGCACGCGGAGUGAGAUGUUUGCGCUAGGAGGAGGAAACAAUGCUAUCAGCUUCUACAGGGAGGCUGCGGGUUGAGGAGGAGCAUCUCAGGGAUACGGCGACUGAUGAGUGUUAAACGAAAGGUCUGGGUACGCUGGGGCAUCUCAAACCGUGUCUUCGAGAUAGCG